GGGGUGAAGGUAAAAGUUGAAGGUUACCCGGCUCCGUGUUUAUAAAUUAUAAAAGAGAUCCUCUACAUCUGCACUUUGCUUUUGGUCUGUUUUGUUUGAACACUAGUAGAUUCUAAUUGAUUCGAAUUAUUUUAAAAGGUUUUUAAACCGCUGAUAUUUGUCUAUUUCCCGUUUAUAAUCUUGCGGGAUGUGUAAAUCUGGAAUUCCAUCCAACGACACUUUGCCGAUAUAUAGUUGGGCUGAGAUAAGGAAACAUGCAUCCAAAUCCGAUAGGUGGAUCGUGAUUGAAGGAUACAUUUAUGAUGUAACAACUUGGUCCAAAAGACAUCCCGGGGGUGAACGAAUGCUCGCAAAUCAAGCUGGCCAGGACUCAACGGAUGCAUGGGUUGCUUUUCAUAAUGACAAAAAAUCUGUCAGUAAAUACUUGGGUCCUCUUCGUAUUGGUAAAGUGAGAGAAGAUGAAAACAAAGAGAGCGAGCUUAUCAAAGAUUUUAGAGAACUCAGGCAGACAGUGGAGGAAAUGGGACUGUUUAAAGCUAGUGUUCCAUUCUUUUCAUUUAUCAUGUUUCACAUUUUAUUACUUGAAUUUCUUGGCUGGAUUACUGUAUAUUACUUUGGCACAUCCUGGACUUCAUUGCUUAUAGCAUCUUUGUUUUUGGUAUCUGCUCAGGCACAAGCUGGAUGGGCGCAGCAUGAUUAUGGCCAUUUGUCAGUGUUUGCUUCUUCAAAAAUAAACCAUACAAUCCAUAUUUUCUUGCUAAAUUUUUUUAAGGGCGUGUCUUCAUCAUGGUGGAAUUAUAGACAUUAUUUACAUCAUGCUAAACCGAACAUGAUUCGCAAAGAUCCAGACAUUCGUCUUGAUAUGUUUUUUCUGAUUGGGAAAGUUUUACCAGUUGAGUGGGGCAAAAAGAAAAAGGGAUUUAUGCCAUAUGAAUAUCAGCACAAGUAUUGGUUUAUGGUUAUGCCCCCACUUCUUCUUCCAUUAUAUUUUAAUUAUGAAGUACCUUACUUUUUAUGGUCAAGAAAGCUUUAUGGGGAAAUAUUCUGGAUGGUGACAUUUUUUAUCCGAUAUAUUGUUAUGUUUUAUCCUUUUCUUGGAGUUGGUGGCUCUUUACUAUUUUAUCUUUGGGUUAGAUUUCUUGAGUCCCACUGGUUUGUCUGGACUACUCAGAUGAGUCAUAUUCCAAUGGAUGUUAACUAUGACCAAGAUGAAGAUUGGGUUACCUCCCAACUUAAGGCUACCUGUAAUGUAGAACAAUCUUUGUUCAAUGAUUGGUUUUCAGGCCAUUUAAAUUUCCAAAUUGAGCAUCAUUUAUUUCCUACAAUGCCAAGAAAUAAUCUGCAUAAAGCAACACCACUUGUCAAGUCACUUUGUAAAAAACAUGGUUUGAAUUACCAAUGCAAAUCAUUGUACCGAGCCUUGAGUGAUAUUGUGCAGUCACUAAAAGAGUCAGGAGAAAUGUGGUAUGAAGCGUACCAUAUGUAGUGGCAGCUCUUAGUUAAUCAAGUUUUAUAAGAUACAGGUUAAUUUACAAGUCUUAUUUUUGUAGUGGUGUUAACUAAGUAGUAAAUUGUAAUUUUGUUAGAUACUACAAGUAUCUUCGCAGAAACAAUUUUAACUCACUUUUUAACAUUUUUUGCUUUGCCUAAAAGACAUUUUAUUAUAUUGUAAAUAAAAUAUUUUUUUUAUAACUGGGUAAUAGCAGAAGUAAUAUUAAAACAAAACUAUUUUUUAUUUAUUUGGUUACAUCACCAACAACUGUGGUAAGAACUGCAUGCUUAACUUGCUAGUGGACUAGUGAUUUAUAAUGUACCAACAAAACACUAGAACCUUUAUACAAUUUUGUAGAUGUAUGUCUUUUACCAACAUAAUCAUGAAGUUAAUGAUUUAAUAUGAACCGUGGAGAACAAACCUCAUUUGUUUGCUUAGGUGUAGUGCGUUUAAUUUUGUUAUCUUCUUUAAAUAGUUUAAUAUUAGUUUAGAAAUUAAAUAGUACCUCAAGUGGAGUAUACUCAGCACAAGGCAUGCAAAAGAAACCAAAUUUUUGUUACAGAGUUAAGUAUUUUCCAACAAUUUUUUAUUGGAUGUGUAAUUUAUUUUAAUGGUUUGAUUUUUUUUUUUUUGUCAUGUAAUAAAUUCUACUGGAAUUUUGUUUGAUUUGAAUAAAUUUUAAGUUACAAACAU